CAGAGCAGCAACAGCAGCAGCAGCAAAGCGUUUUCUUAGAAGGCAGCCAUAGAACAGGAGGAGCGCAAUUUUCAUUUGCCGCCAAGCCGAAAAAUCUCAAAGCUAAGUUCAACUGAGAUGCAGACACAACAUGCAAUUCUGGGCGCCGCCGUGCUGGGCAUGCUACUGGCCUUUGGCUGCACGCUGCCCGUGCUGGACGCCAGCUCCGGCCUGGACAAUGCCACGAUAGAGGAGCUCCAAGCCAGUCUCAAUGAUACGCCCAAGAAUCUGUAUGUGGUCAAGGCAGUGGUCUAUGAGAUUGGCAUACUCACCGAAGUGGGCGACAAUGAAACCGAUUUCGAGAGCCAAGAACGCGUGGAUCUGACCUUCUACGAUGCGCACACCAAUCAGAGCCACAUCGAUCUGGGCAACAUACCGCUGCCGAUACAGACAAACGUUUCGGGCCAGGUGCUGACGGGCAUUGCGCCGGUUAAUAUUGGCGCCUUCAGCAGUCCACAGGAGCUGCUCCAGACGCUGCCGCUGACGGGCAGCAUUGUGAACAUAACGCACAGCGACACCGCCUUCUAUCAGCUAACCAAAUCCAAUACGAGCGCGUUCGAGAAGCCCCAGCUGCUCACCUCCGACCAGCUGGCCAAGCUAACGCAUGCCGCCGAGCUGUUCCCGCCCGCCCCGGCGCUCAGCGGCUUUGGCGGCUCCGCCGCCUCCAACGAGGUGGACGCUGAGAACUAAAUGGAAGCUAGACUCAAAUUCUCUGAUACCCUGAUAAACGUAAUGCAGUGCGUUGUGCUUCACAUCAUAUCAUAUCGUAAUAAGUACCUUUAACCAUAGCCAAUAAGUGUUAAGUAGCGACAGUGUUAGAAAAGACUGUAAGAGGACGAGUUCGUUAGGCAUACAUAGAACAAGUAGAAAACCCCCCUAAAAAAAAUACCUUGACUUUGCC